CCGAGCCAGGGGAGAGGGGGCUGGUCGGAGCAGACGGUCCUUUUCCUCCCAGCUGUUGCCCGGGGAGGGGUCGGAGGCGGGUCCGGUUCAGCCCGGCUCCUCCCGGUGGCUCCGGCUGCCCCGAGAUGAGCAGCCCCGAUGCGGGCUACGCCAGCAGCGACGACCAGACGCAGGCAAGGUGCUCGCUCCCCAUCAUGAUGCCGGCCCUGGGCCCCUGCCAGUGGGCAGAGUCCCUGAGCCCCCUCGGAGACGCCAAGGUGAAGAGUGAGGCGGCCCCGGCGGGGGCUGCGAGCAGCCGGGCCAAAAGCGAGUCCCGCAUCCGCCGGCCCAUGAACGCCUUCAUGGUGUGGGCCAAGGACGAGCGCAAGCGGCUGGCGCAGCAGAACCCGGACCUGCACAACGCGGAGCUCAGCAAGAUGCUGGGGAAGGCCUGGAAGGCGCUGUCGCUGGCGGAGAAGCGGCCGUUCGUGGAGGAGGCGGAGCGGCUGCGGGUGCAGCACAUGCAGGACCAUCCCAACUACAAGUACCGGCCGCGCCGGCGGAAGCAGGUGAAGCGCCUGAAGCGCGUGGAAAGCGGCUUCCUGCCGCACGGGCUGGCGGAGGCGCCGGGCGCCGGGCUGGCCAGCGAGGGCAGCAGGAUGUGCGUGGAGAGCCUGGCCCUGUCCUACCCGGAGCAGGGCUACGCCGCCGUGCAGAGCGCGCUGCCCCCGGCGCUGGGCCACUACCGGGACUGCCAGCCCCUGGCUGCCGCCUUCGACGGCUACAACCUGCCGACCCCGGACCCCUCCCCGCUGGACGCGGCGGAGACCGAGCCGGGCUUUUUCACGCCGCCCCUGCAGGACGAGUGUCAGCUGGCGCCCUACGGCUACCCCGCGGCCGAGUACCCCGCGCACGGGGCCGAGAGCCAGGCCAGCGCCGCGCUCCGCAGGCACCUGCCCCGCGCCGAGCCGCUGGGGCAGCUCAGCUCCCUGCAGAGCCUGCUGGGCUGCCAGGGCCCCCUGCACGCCUACUACGGGCAGCUGUGCCCGCCCGCCGGCCCGGCCCGCGCUCCCCAGCUCCCACCGCAGCCCUGCCAGCCCUCGCCGCCGCCCGAGGCGCAGCAGUGCAGGGAGUCGCUGGAGCACCUGUCGCAGGACGAGCUGCUGGGCGACGUGGAUCGCACCGAAUUCGAGCAGUACCUGCACUUCGCCUGCAAGCCCGAGCUAGGGCUCCACUUCCAGGGCCACGAAGCCGGCCUGCCCGCCCCAGAGGCCCACGGGCCCAUCUCCUCGGUGGUUUCGGAUGCAAGUACUGCUGUGUAUUACUGCACUUACCCAGACGCCUAAGAGACACUGUCACUCCCAGCGCUCUCGCUGUGUGAAGUAGCUGGGAGUGUGUGGCGGACUCCCUGGUGAUGGGAAGCCUUGUACAGAAGGGUGUGUGCUUUGCUCCUAUUUAUGUAAUUUAUUGGAAUCUUGAGAACUGACAAGUGACAGAGACCCACUCAAGGUUUGAAAGACAGCUCUCCAUCUGAUCCCCAAGUGGUGCAAUUCUAGUGUUUCACCCUGAACUGAAAAUUAAAACUAUUUAAACUUCAGAUAGCUGCACAGUUGGACUGUAACUUAUCAGCUCCUGGAAGAGUUCCCGAUGCUGUUUAAAAUGUUGUGACUGUUCAAUUUUAUACAUAUGGAAUUUGGGUUUUGUACAGACUAAUU